AUGGAAGAACAAGGAGAGACUAAGGAGCGUAUGCAACGCGCGCCCUUCGAAACGGCCCUUCAUCAUGCCGGUUACGGCUGUUUCCAAUGGAUGCUGCUCAUGUCAUGUGGUGCGAUCUACGCUGUCUGUGCGCUCAGCACCACCACACUCAGUUUCGUGUUGCCAGCUGCUGAAAAAGACUUCAACCUGACCUCCAGUGACAAAGGCAGGCUAACUGCUACACCACUCAUUGGUAUGUGCGUAGGCUCCUACUUCUGGGGUAACCUGGCCGAUGCAAGAGGUCGUAAGAAGGCCAUCAUCGGAGCCCUGCUCUUGGACGCGACGGCUGCGUUCCUCUCCUCUGUAGUUCAGUCAUUCCACGCUUUCUUAGCUUGCAGGUUCUUUUCUGGUUUCGGCAUCAUCGGUGCCACCGGCCUUAUCUUCCCCUACUUUGGGGAUUUCCUCUCGCUCCGGCACAGAGAUGUCAUGUUAUGCAGACUCGAGGUCUUCUGGACUUUUGGCACAAUUUUGUUGCCAGGCAUCGCAUUCCUCAUAAUCCCGAAUGCAGCGUUCAACUGGGCUGAAGGACCAAAUUUCUACUACACGUCAUGGAGAGUUUUCGUAGCUGCUUGUGGAAUACCCUCACUUAUUGUAGUGCUUCUGCUUAUCCCGUUCCCUGAAAGCCCAAGAUAUUUGCUAUACGCCAAUAGGGGUGAGCAGGCGCUGCAAGUGCUGCAGAGGAUAUUCGUUGUCAACACCAAGUUGCAUGAGAAAGACUUUCCGGUGGAAUCAAUGAUAAGUGCUGGAGACGGUGACGAAGAAGAGAUAGUAUCAGCAGAUAACAACGGAAAUGAAACAAAGAGUCCUUUAACAUGGCGUCAACGUUGGGACAACUUUUGGGUGAGGAAGAAGGUGCUGGUUAACCCACCCUACAUUGGAUUGUUAGCACUCUGCUGUUUUGUGGACUUUGGGCUUAUGUUCAGUUACUAUACAUUAAUGAUGUGGUUCCCGGAUCUCUUCGAGCGAUUUAGUCAGUUCACCGAAUAUUUCGGCACUACAUCUGCAGGAGUUUGCGAGGUAUCCCUCGCUCUCGCUAACCAUACGUCUGAAGAAGUCCUCAUUAGUACUCAUAAAGCGGGCACUCUAUACGACACAGUCUACACCCACACUUUAAUAGUCGCUCUUAGCUGUGUACCCACAGCCCUCAGUGUUGGUAUCACUAUCAACAUGGUGGGCAAGAAACUCAUGCUUGUAAUGAUGUUAAUAAGUUCUGGUCUAGCGGCACUCGGGUUGAAUCUAGUUCGAUCUUCCAUAGAAAACUUGAUCUUGUCAUGCGUGUUUGAGUCUAUAGUAAGCUGCACUGAAGCUGUUCUUUUCUGCGUUAUCUGCGAAAUAUUCCCGACUAAAGUUGCCGCCACGGCUAUGGCGGUCACAGUGAUGUGUGGACGAAUCGGCGCAAUUGUGGGCAACGUUAUCUUCGGCGCGCUCGUCGACGAAUACUGCAUCGUGCCUAUCUACAUGUUUGGAACUUUACUUAUAACGAGCGGUCUUCUAUGUAUAAUACUCCCAAAGAGCACGCGGCCAGAUCGGCACCCGGAGUGA